CGGAAAAUUAUGCAGCUCAGCCGGAUUAAAAAAUGCUUAUAUCCACCUCUGAAAUUCAAGAAUUCAUUAUGUAUACCCCUAUUUCCCAAAUAUAAUAUAAUAUUUUGAGUUUAAGAAGCUGGACACCUAUUAAGUAUGGAGGAGGUGGUAAGAAGUUCCCCGUUUUUCCCUCAUUGAACCUCAUUAUAACCACCGAAAAAACAUAUCCUUUCGCGGGAACCGUUAAUACAAGAAAAGUUCGAAAACUCUUUUUAGUUUUUCCCAAAUUGCGCUAAAUGGCGAAGUAACAAUAGCACAAAGAGCCAAGAAUUUUGCGAAAAAUGCGAAAACCAAAGGAGGAAGGGCAGUCGCCGCACCCUCGUAAAACCCUUUCGAAGGCGGCGCGACAGAGAGGGCAACCGAGCGAGUGGGACGGCGCGAGGGUCAGAGUCACCCCUUUGCCCCUGCCACAGCCUACCUGCUCGUACCGCCUCGGCUGGCCGCUCGUGUCCGCCAUUGCAACUGGGUGAGGCGUCGGCGCAGCCUCCGGACCGGGGUAUAAAUUAAGGGGCUUCCGACGAGAGGAAAUCAGUUUGCGUUCGACAUCGUCAGCGUGAAGACACAGCACGAGCAGCAACACCAGAGCCAGAUCUUCGGUCUACACAGCCAUCCCACCGCUCAGUUGGAUUAACCCCAGACAAACACCAUGCUAAUGCACGAGAAACUCAUGGCCGGGCAGUUCUUCGAUCUCAAGACCGAUCGCAAGCCCCUGAUGCACCACCACCAGUACCAGCACCACCAGACGCACCCCCAGCAGCAGUCGCUGCACCACUUGCCGCACAGCCAACUGCCGCUCCAGGGCUCCCUGGGCCUGCCCAAAAUGGAUCUCUAUGCGGCCUAUGCCUACCAGCAGCAGUUGCUCGGCGCUGCCCUCAGCCAGCAGCAACAGCAGCAGCAGCAGCACCAGCAACUGCAGCAGCAUCAGCAGCAGGCCCCCUCUGCGGAGGUCCUGGAUCUCUCCCGCCGCUGCGACAGCGUGGAGACGCCCAGGAAGACCCCCUCGCCCUACCAGACCAGCUACAGCUACGGCAGCGGCUCCCCCUCGGCCUCGCCCACCAGCAGCCUGCUGUACGCCGCUCAGAUGCAACAGCAGCAGCAGCAGCAGCAACAGCAGCAGCAGCAACAACAGCAGCAGCAGCAACUGGCCUCGCUCUAUCCCGCUUUCUACUACAGCAACAUCAAGCAGGAGCAGGCCACGCCCGCGGCUGCUCCGCCCAAGGUGACGCCCACCGCCAGCCUCCUGCAGACCUUUGCUGCCGCCUCUGCUGCAGCCGCCGCUGCUGCUGCUGCCUCCUCGGCGUCGACCAACUCUCCGCGACCAGCCAGCAAUGCCAGCACCAUGCAGAUAGAUGUCCUGGAGAACCCCCAAUCGCCGGCUGUCGAGGCCACCACGCCCACCACCUCCGCCCCCAGCGGCAGCUGCGAGGCGGGCAAGAACACUCGCCCCUUCAAGGCCUUUCCCCGGGAUCCCCUGGUCAUUGCGGCCAACUUCGCGGCCACCGACGUCCUGCUGGACAAUCCGCGAGUGGAGCGCUACACCGAGUACCGCAAGCGGGUGCUCGAGCAGAUCCGCAGCUCCAACGGGGGAUCUCGCACCGUGACCAACCCGAAGAUGCGCAGGACCAACUCGAGGAGCGGAUCCGUGAACGAGGGCAGCUCCUCGAACAACAACAGCGAGAGCGAGGAUCGCGCCGCGGCGGAGGAGUCCAGCGACUGCGACUCCCAUGCGGGCAACUUCGAGGGCAAGUCCUCGGCCGGCAACUCCAGCACCCUGGCCAACACCACCGCGGCGAACUCGGGCAUCCAGUCGGGCAGCCAGGUGAAGGACGCCGCCUACUAUGAGCGACGGCGCAAGAACAACGCCGCCGCCAAGAAGUCCCGCGACCGUCGCCGCAUCAAGGAGGACGAGAUCGCCAUCAGGGCCGCCUAUCUGGAGCGGCAGAACAUCGAGCUGCUGUGCCAGAUCGACGCCCUCAAGGCCCAGCUGGCCGCCUUCACGUCCGCCAAGGUGGCCACCGCCUAAAGUCCAUUCCUCCCUUGAUGCGUUGAACGCGAAGACCGAAUCGUACCGAACUCACAUACUCCAUCCUGUUUUUGGGUCAGCUUAUCUGUGAAUAGUUUAGGGGGCUCAACUUCUUUUUUUGCCACACUCGCAUCUAAGUACUUUAAGUCCUUGCAGUAUACGUUAUGAUUGUAAAGUGUAUUAGCCGAUAAGUGCAUCUCGCAAUCCAACCAGUUAACGAUCACUCUAACCCUAGUUGUAGCGGUCCCAGCUUAGUGUUUGUAUCUAGCUAUUAAGAGAAUUUUUUUCAUAGCCCUAAGAAUAAAUAUUAAAUAAAUUAUGCAAAAAUAA